AUGAGUGGAAUAAAUAGUUCUGUCGUUAUCAACGUCAACAAUACCAUGAUGGGAGGAUUCCUCGAAUUCAAGAACGCAGAGCUAAAACAAGGCAAAUUUCACGAAGAUGGCAAGAAAGACGUUGAGAUCUCCGCAGCCGACGUAAACAAGAAAGUCGCUCCGCCCCACACUGCAAUCGAUAUUUGCGCUUCUUCCAGCUCUACCGGAAAGGGACUUGAGGGUAGCAUUGAACUCUAUGAUAGGGAAACGAAGAUCUGUCGAUUGUCUUGGAAUGAUCCAGCUAGUGGAGACAAUGAUUUCCAAGUUCAUGGUUUUGAGCUAGGCGGCCGAUAUCUUGUGCUUGCUGAGGGCUGGAAUCGCAGUGGGGGAAGUCUGGGAAGAGUGAACGUGAAGGUUAUGAAGAAUGGAUUUUAA